AUGCUGGACUGGCACUUCGUGCUAGAAGGCAGUCCCGGCACGCCGUACGAGGGCGGGUGGUACCACGGACGGCUCAGAUUCCCCGCCGACUACCCCUUUAAACCGCCGAGCAUCAUGAUGCUUACCCCCAACGGACGAUUCGCCACCAGCACUCGCAUAUGCAUGAGCAUGAGCGAUUUCCACCCCGAGACGUGGAACCCCAUGUGGUCCGUCGCCAGCAUUCUGACCGGCCUUCUCUCCUUCAUGUCGGACGAUGCAGUGACGGCGGGCAGCAUAGUGGCAUCGGAGGCAGACAGGUGCAAGCUGGCACGCCUCUCCAUGCCCAACAACUGUCGCAGCCCCGUGUUCCGCAAGCUCUUCUCGGACCUGGUGGACAGCUACACCGCCUCGCUGGCGUCCGCAGCAGAUGCAGCAGAGGGUGGUGCUGAUGCCGCCAGCAGAGCUCAAGAGGAGGGCGCGGAGGGGAGGGGGAAGGGCACGGGGAAGGGCAGGCGGGUGGUGGAAGCUGCUGCUGGAGUGGUGGGCGGGCGGGAAGGGAAGGGCAGUGAAGGGGGGAGGGAGCUGAGGGUAGGAGGUCAGGGAGGGGCAGAGAGAAAAGAGGGGGGCGUGCGGAGGGUGGUUAGAACAGGAGGGAAGACGGGUGUUGCUGGUGCGUUUAGCGCAGGGAAGGCAGUAGAGGCAGGAGCGACAGGAUCAGGCAGUGGGAGUGGGAACCAGCAGCCGGGUCUUUCAAGCUUGUCCUUUUGGGUCACUGCUGCCGUUGUGCUGCUGUGUGGGUGCGUCAUGGCGGUGCCAUUCCUUGAUUCCUUGUCGGCGUCCAUCUCGCACGCGCUUACGCGCAUCCACGCCGCCAUGCACCGCCCCUCGUCCCCCGCGCCUGCGCCGCCAUCAUCCCCGCCGUGCGCGGGGAGCCCUCCUGACGACGCCACGCGACGGUCUGCGAGUCGCCGAGCGUCGCAGGAGCGCACGGCGGAGUUGCUCCAGCAGUCGUUCCGACCUAAGGUGUUGCCAUCCGCGCCCGCUCACGCCCGCGCGUCCAUUCCGGGGUUGCCUGAUGGGGACGGCGGGAGCGAACGGCGGAGAGGCGCGAUGAGAAGCAGCAGCGGGCCGCGGGAGGGACGGUUUGGUGGAGGGCCGCCGCGAGUGACGGAGAGUCCCGCGGCGCCGGGACGCGCGACGCUGAGGAAGCAACUGUCGAGCGACAUCGCGCCGCUGCUGCUGCGACUGAAGCGGCAGGCCACGCCCACGCGCGUCCGCAGCCAGUCGCCCGUGCUGUCGCCCGUGCAGUCGCCUCGCGACGUGUGGGAGGCUGCGGAGGCUGGGAAGCUUUUUGAUUGGACCAGCAGGGACACGGAGUGUACUACCGCUGCGAGCCCCGGUAGAAGCGCCAUGGCGGAUGAGGUGUCGCUCGCUGAGCAGGAGGCUCGGCUGAAGAAGAAGUACGGCGGAGCUCUGCCUAAGAAAAAAGGACUGCUUUCCAAGGGCCACGAGAGGGCCUUCUUCGACUCCGCCGAGUGGGCCAUUCAAAAGCAAAAGGGCGCCAAGCCGGCAGCACCAGCAGAGCAGGGUCUACAGCCGAAGCUAGAGCCUACCCCACAUCAACCUCCCACGGGUCGUCGCUCCGGACUGGCUGAAAAUGACUCGUGA